ACUUUGGUAACUUUAUUCCCUCUGUGUCCUCAGAAAGACGUAAAAAAAAACAAAGUUCUGGAGUGUUUCUGGUGGAAAGAGGAAGAAGUUUGUGUAUAAAAGCGAUAAAGUCGAGUUAUUUUUCAUCCUCUGAUCCCAUCAGAGACCAACUGAACUUCUCUCCAGCAGACGAACUUUUCCUGCAGUUUUCGACCGCCAUGGUUCCUCCGACCAACCCGAGCUACAAGGGCCGCUACAACGACCCGGUGCCGGUCUCCAACCUCAAAGACUUCGGCGACGACUUCGCCGAGUUCGAGCUGUUCGACGGCAUCGACGAGGCCAUGCCGCGGACGUUUCCCGGAGGAGCCCCGUUGUCGGUGGAGAACGUGGACAUGAGUCAGCAGAUCAACAAACCCAAACACUACACCACCGCCUACGACACCCAGAGCCUGGUGGUCCGCCGAGGACACGAGUUCAUGGUCCGGGUGACCUUCAACCGAGAGCUGGUCCAGCAGGACGACUUCCAGCUGGAGUUCCUGAUCGGCUCCAACCCGUCGGCCAACAAGGGCUCCCUGGUGGUGGUGACCUUCGGGUCCCGUCGUGGAGGCCCCUGGGCCGGCCGGAUCGUGGAGAUGCAGGGCGGCUCGGUGCUGCUCAGCGUCACGCCGUCGGCCACCGCCAUCGUGGGGAAAUACCGGACGUACGUGGCCAUAUCGGUGGGCAGUGGCAUGCAGCGCACCAAGAGGAACGCUGCCACCGACCUCUACAUGCUGUUCAACGCCUGGUGUCCACAGGACCCGGUGUUUCUCCCCGACGAAUCAGAGAGGAUGGAGUACGUCCUGAACGACACCGGCGUCAUCUACCAGGGUUCCAUGGGCGCGAUCGUGACCCGGUCCUGGGGGUAUGGACAGUUUGAAUAUGGAAUCCUGGAUGCCUGCAUCUACAUCCUGGACUCGUCCCGGAUGCCGAUUUACAACCGAGGCAACAUCAUCAAGGUGGUCAGGAAGGGAUCUGCUAUGAUCAACUCUCAGGACGAUAACGGCGUCCUGGUGGGGAACUGGAGCAACGACUACUCGAUGGGCGUCGCCCCGACAGCCUGGACCGGCAGCGUCACCAUCCUGCAGCAGUACGCCAACACCGGGGUGCCAGUGUGUUACGCCCAGUGCUGGGUGUAUGCUGGAGUCUUCUGCACCUUCCUGCGGUGUCUGGGCAUCCCCACCAGGGUCAUCACCAACUUCUCCUCAGCCCACGACAACACAGGAAACCUGAAGACUGACCUGAUCUUCAAGAUGGACGGGACGCCGGACCGACGGGCCACCAGGGACUCCAUCUGGAACUACCACUGCUGGAACGAGUGCUGGAUGGUCCGUCCAGAUCUUCCUGCAGGAUACGGGGGAUGGCAAGUAGUGGACUCAACGCCUCAGGAGACCAGCGAUGGUCAUUUCCGUUGUGGUCCAGCGCCCGUCGCUGCCAUCAAGGAGGGGAAUCUGUGUCACCCAUUUGACUGUGGAUUCGUCUUCGCUGAGGUGAACAGCGACGUGGUUUUCCUGAAGAAGGACCGAUAUGGGACGAUGGAGGUGUUCAAGGUGGAUAAGACUCAUGUUGGACAGGGUCUGUUCACCAAAGCUCUGGGCAGUGAUCAGUACAUGAAUGUCACCCACACCUACAAACACCCCGAAGGUAGUGAGGCGGACAGCCGGACUAUGACUCGGGCGGAAGAAUACGGCUGUGACAGGGAUCACUCUGACAUUCCAGAUGGAGAGCUGUCUGCUGACAUCACCUCUGAACCGACUCAGCUGGGUUCAGACAUUGAGCUGCUGGUGACUCUGACCAACCAGGGAGAUGUCAGCAGGAAAGUCAACUGUCACCUGGACAUCUCCGUCGUCUUUUACACUGGCGUCGAGGCCAACCACUUCAAAGACGUGGACUUCCCGGUCACUGUGGCAGCCAAGCAGAAAAACAGCGUGAUCGUGAAGAUCCAGGCCGACGAAUACCUGCCUCACCUCGGUGGUCAGAACAGCAUCCGCUUCAUCCUGACUGGUUCCUCCGAGGAGCAGUCGGUCAGCGCCAUCAAGGUGGUGACGCUGCUGAGCCCAGCGCUCACCGUGACGGUGAGCGGCCAGCCGAGGCUUGGGCAGCAGAUGUUUGUGACCGUCACCUUCACCAACCCCCUGAAGGAGCCUCUGCAGAAUGUCUUCAUGUACCUGGAAGGCUCUGGAGUCCUGGCCCUCCGGAGGCGCUACUUCCCCAAAAUUGAGUCUCAAGCUUCGGUCUCCUGGAUGGAAGCGUUCCUUCCUCGGCUGGCAGGACCCCGACGUAUCACAGCGGUGAUGUACACCAGCAACCUGAGCCAGGUGACUGGUUAUGCUGACAUCCACAUCAACUGACCUGCCUCACCAUACGCAUCAUCUGCCUGAGUGGGCGGAGCCUGCAACAAAAAAUGCCACUUCCUGCUGUGAUGAUUCUUUUUUCCUUCUACUAUGAAUUCAGUUAAAUACAGGAAGCUGAACUUUAAUGAGUUUAUUCCACAGAUAUGGAGGUUUGUGUGAGUGUUUUUGGGAUGUAAACUAACAGAAGCAGGUUAAGAUAAUUCCACUUAUAGAUGACAAUAGAGUAAAGUUUACUACUAAUAAUGUGAAAUAUUAAAUAGUACUUACAUUACAUUAGUUACAUUAGUACUUACAUUACACAAAUAUGCCAUCACAAUGUAGCAAAAUACAAUAAUAAUAAUAAUUUGGCAAUUACUAUAAAAAUUUGAUUUAUUUUUAACUUUUAGGACACAUUUACAACCAAAUAAAACAAGUUACGUUAGCAUUACAUAAACAUUAGCACGACUCCUCUGUGAUCAUGCUAACAUGCCAGCAUGCUACGGUAGCUAUGUGACUGUAAAAUACCAUGAACAUUAGCAUGACUCCUCUGUGAUCAUGCUAACAUGCUAACAUGCUACUGUAGCUAUGUGACUGUACAACAUCAUAAACAUUAGCAUUACUCCUCUGUGAUCAUGUUAACAUGCUGACAUGCUAAUUUAGCUAUGUGACUAUAAAACACCAUAAACAUUAGCGCGAAUUCUCUGUGAUCAUGCUAACAUGCUAAUGUAGCUAUAUGACUGUAAAGCACCAUAAACAUUAGCAUGACUCCUCUGUGAUCAUGCUUACAUGCUAGCAUGCUACUGUAGCUAUGUGACUGUAAAACACCAUCAACGUUAUCUCGACUUCUCUGUGAUCAUGCUAACAUGCUAACAUGCUACUGUAGCUAUAUGACUGUAAAACACCAUAAACAUUAGCAUGACUCCUCUGCGAUCAUGCUAACAUGCUACUGUAGCUUUGUUACUUUAAAACACCAUAAACAUUAGCACAACUCCUCUGUGAUCAUGCUAGCAUGCUAACACACUACUUUAGUAUUAUUAACAGAAUGAGUCGUCAUUAAAUAUUAAUCAAUAAUAAUUAAAACCAGUUAGAUUCAGAGACAAACACACCUCCAGUCUGUGGGACGCAGACCUUCAUAUCGGUCUCUGAAUGAAAACAAAUGUGAUUUUUUUUAACCUUUUUUUCUCGUUCCUUUGUGCCUUUAAUACCUUCUAAUGAUGCUAGCUAGCAAUAAAAGCAGAUUGAAACCGCUAAA